CGGGCGGUGGGUCUGCCUGUGCCCACAGCGCUCCCAUAACGUGUUUGCAUUAUGUGCUUUUCCAUCCUUGCCGUGUACAGAGAGCUGUAAGGAUGGACAGUAGGUGUAUUUAGAUGGAAGCGGCGUUGUGAGAUUAGAGUUGUGCCGGCUGCCCCAAUCAAAGAUGGCGCCGUCAGCAUCGUUGUGGUGACUCGGCUUAGCGUGAAUGCCUGGGGUGGGAGGAGUCGGGAAGUUAGAACAGAGACUUCUGGGUAGUUUGGCUUAGCUGCAGUGCUUGAGGUCGUGGAUAUGGCGGCGCCCAUACCGGCGACAUGCAGCAUGCCUGUCACUUCUGACUGCUGAACUUUACAGAAGGAGAGCAUGGUGUCCAUCAAUGAACCAGUGACUGUCCACCAUGAUGUCCAUCAAUGAACCCGUGACUGUCAAUCAUAGUGUCCAUCAAUGAACCAGUGAUGCCCACCAUGAUGUCCAUCAAUGAACCAGUGACUGUCAAUCAUAGUGUCCAUCAGUGAACCAGUGACUGUCCAUCAUAGUGUCCAUCAAUGAACCAGUGACUGUCCAUCAGUGAAGCAGUGUGUGGAUUACAGAGCUGACUGCUUUUACUGAGCACCCAGAGUGGAUUGGUGAAUGAAUGGUUAUCUGGAAGCAUGUUAAGCCCUCUGUAUCGUGUAAGCCGUAGGCUGACUGUGCUAAGACCACAGUUUAUGGUUUUGCGUAAUCUGACCGCUAAAGUGGGAAAGAACAAAGAAGAAGAUGAACUCCCCAUUUUUCAGUAUGUGGGCAACAGGGCCAAAAGAAAGGAUCGUGUGUUUGUAUGGGGCUUUUCCAGCACCGGCGCUCUGGGAAUCCCAAGUUUUGUGGUCCCUGAUUCUGGACGAAAAAAGCCCAAGAAAUUCCAGCUGACUCCUUAUAGGUUGGAUAUGGAAGAAAAGAUCUCCUCGGCUGCCUGUGGUUAUGGCUUUACACUGGUGUCAUCCACCACAAGGGAUGUUACAAAAGUUUGGGGAAUGGGAUUGAACAAGGAUUCACAGAUCGGGUUUCACAGGAGCAGACGAGAUAGAACCAAGGGUUACGAGUAUGUCCUGGAGCCUUCACCGGUCCCUUUGCCACUGGACAAACCUCAGAAUACACAGGUGCUUCAAGUGUCAUGCGGGAGAGCGCACUCAUUAAUUCUAACGGACAACGAAGGUGUUCUGAGCAUGGGAAACAAUUCGUAUGGACAAUGUGCAAGGAAAAUUGUGGAAGGAGAAAUAUACAGUGAAAGCCAGCUGAUACACCGGGUCAUGCCGUUGGACAGUAAAGUUUCUCAAAUUGCUUGUGGACAAGAUCACAGUCUCUUCAGGACGGAAAAAGGAGAGGUAUAUUCCUGCGGCUGGGGAGCAGAUGGACAAACGGGCCUGGGACAUUACAACAUCUGCAGUGUUCCCACGAAGCUGUGUGGGGAUUUGUCUGGCAUGAACAUUGUUCAGGUGGCUACUUAUGGAGAUUGCUGCCUGGCCGUUUCAAAAGAAGGAGAGCUCUUUGGUUGGGGGAACUCUGAGUACCUCCAGUUUGCAUCAAUCACUGACACUACUCAGGUCAAUGUUCCCCGGCACUUGUCGUUCCAUCAUGUUGGGAAAGUGAAGCAGGUUGCGUGUGGAGGGACCAGUUGUGCUGUUUUAAAUACAGAUGGAAACGUCUUUGUCUGGGGUUACGGCAUCCUUGGGAAAGGGCCAAAUGUAAUGGAAUCAAAGAUACCAGAGAUAAUCCCCCCAACACUCUUUGGCAUGUCCGAAUUUAACCCAAAUGUCCGUGUGACCCAGAUCUACUCAGGACUAAGUCACUUCGCUGCUGUAAACAGUCGAGGAGAGCUAUUUGUGUGGGGGAAAAAUAUAAGAGGUGGCUUAGGUACUGGAAGACUUGAAGACCAGUAUUUUCCCUGGAGGGUGACUGUUCCCGGCGAGGUUGUGGGAGUUGCUUGUGGUGUUGAUCACAUGAUGGCCCUUGUGAAGUCUUUCAUUUGAGAUAAUGAUAAACGUUAAGUUUGCUAAACUUUUUUUCUUGCCUGUCUGAAAAAUCAUGCUAUAGCAUUUGGUUUUGGCCUUAUAAAUAUGCGUUUUUUUGUGCAUGCUUAAAUAUGGGAAGAGUUUGCUAAAAUAAAUGUAUUGUAGCACUUUGCGUUGUAAAAUUGCAUUGCCUGCCUCCGUAGCCACCCCCACCCCCCAUUCUAACAUACAUUAUUCCUUAGCAAUGUCCUUACGCAGUCCGACAGUGCUGGUCAGUGAGCUGAGCUGCAGGUAGACAAGGUGGCAGCAUUACAUGAUGAGGGCACACAGGUAGACGUGCAGUGAGUGUAUCUCUUCUUGUCUGUCCCUAUCUUUUCUUUCCUGUGUCUGUUAUUGCUUUCAUAUCCCAGUGUUGUGUGCACCAGGCUAUGAAAGCAUCAUUUAGUAGACAUGUGCACUGAGGGAUUUAUAAUUAUUAUCAGAAUUUCAGUUACAAUGGACUACUGGAAUGCCGGCUAUAAUCCUAAAUUAUGUUUGCCUCCCUUCUCUUAAUAUCAGCUUGAAGUAAAUUGAAGGGCUGCAUGGAGGCAUGGCUGCCCAGCCAGGUAUGGUGAGUUCCAGGCACUAAGGGGGGCUUGUGGAUGUACUGACCUGUCUGUGUAGGGGAAUCUCUACUAAAUGGUACUGAUGGCUAUGAAAGUACUGUAGACCUACAUAGGCAAAUGUGAUUUUUAAUACUAACCUGCAUUUUAGCUUGCAGUUGGUACAGAGAUUAUUGCAAACUGAAAUGAAAUGCAGAUUAUAAUUUAGAUACAGAUAUGUAACUUCAGCAUGUUUUAGAGAAAAGUGUACUUCAGCCCUUCAUUCUGAUGGUCAUUAACCCAUUUCUUACAGCCAAGAGGAACUCAUCCAAAAAAAAAAA